ACACACACACACACACACACACACACACACACACACACACACACACACACACACACACACACACACACUCCCAGCUGAACUACACGCUCCGCGAUCAGAGUAGCAAUGAGAGGAGAGACCACACCUCCGAGCGGAGGGCAAAAGUCCGGACCGAACGAGCAGUGCACCUGCAACGCCAGUCGCAACGAGAACCUGAUAUGUCCGGGAUCGCUGUGCGAGACUUACAUUAAACUUGAGAUCUCUUUCAGCUGAGCUCGUUCCACCUCAGACGGAUUGGCUGUGUUUUUUUCUCGCUGUGUGUAGGCUAUUUGUGGCUGGUGCGUUCGGGAUGGUGUGCUGCCUGCCAGCGCAUCACAGUAGUAAGCUGCAGUGAAGGGUUGGAAUGAAAGACUGUUCUUUAGAGGAAAGUGUACUGAUGGAAGGAGAGGAUGUAAUGACACCACUGAGUCUUGAAGUGAAAUGAUGGAAUAAGAUAGUGACCUGUCUCAUCCUGGCCAAGAGAAGGACUCAGAGACUUGCUCCAUUGUCUGUGUCUAGCAACCAGGCAGAGAAGAGUAUGCUAGACAAGGCAUCAGCUGUUGUAUGGUGACCGGAGACAAGACAAGAGCCUGCUUUAUGAAUGCUUCUUUUUUAGAUACAUCAGAGACCUGCAGUCAGAGAUACAACAGCGUACUGCUUGACUAGAGAAUGAAUGGCGCGCUUGGCCUGCCACAAUGCCCAGCAUUCACACCUGUCGGGAACGAUGCCGUUUGCUCUAAAUCUUCAAGAAAACCCAACAAACUUCAAUAGCCAGCAGCAACAUGAUCCAAGAAAGAGAAGGAGGUAUAUUGUCAGAAUGCUCCUAAAGUUGAACACCUCUGUCCUGGUUUGUGGAUCACUCACGCACUGACAGCCAGGGACAUUUUGCCUAUGAAAUAACCUCAGAGAGACCUUGCAGGCAAAACUGACUGCGGACUGUUUUUUAAAUUGAGGACUAAGUUGGAUGGCUGUCCGGCCCCAAGGCCCCUACACAGACAGAUCAGCCAUUUAGAAGGUUUUUCCAUGUCAGCCUAAAGCAGUCUGACUACUAAUAAUUAUAAAUGCUUUAAAACUAAGAAUUACACCUUGCACGCUUUCAGCUGUCUGGUCGGACUGGUUGUGUUAUAAAUACACUUCGGAGUCUGGACUGCACCUGCCAUUGACAUCACAAAACAUACAGAGGAAAACCUUCCAAGGAGCCAUAAUGUAUUUUUAGAAAUGAUUUUUAAAUGUAAGCUAAGGUGAAGGACACAAAUAAUAAGCUCAAAUCAAGUCUCAACCCUGAGGUGAUAUAGAAUAUUUCCUUGCUGUCCUUUCUCUCUCCGCACUUUGUCGAGGAAAUAACUGAAAGUAAACGCACCAGUGAAUGAUAAACUGCCUCAUGGAGAAACACUCUCGUCUCAGACACUUUCUAGCUCUUUAGGGAACUAACCAGGUGUCCUCUCACAGCUGGGGCCUGUCUUGAGCACCAUUAGCAGCGAACAUCAUGUCAGAACUAGAGGACUAUUCCCCUCCUCGGGGCCACCCUCAUCCUGACCCGGCUCGCAUCCAGCAGAACCUCCUGGAGGAGCAGGUGGAGCUGUGGUGGUUCAGUGAGCCACGCAAAUCUUUAUUAUGCUACUGCGCUUCAGUGGCCUUGAUCUUAGGCUGCGGCCUGGGCGGCGUAGGCCUCCUUUCCACCACCACCAGCCUUUCUAGCGAGUGGCGACUUGGCGCCGGAACUGCUCUUUGCCUUCUCUCUCUGGCCGUCCUCCUCAAGCAGUUGCUGAGUUCUGCCGUCCAGGACAUGAACUGCGUGCGCAGCAGACGCCGAAUCAACAUGCUAAAAAGCGGCGGCCUAUCUGACGUCCUCCUCAUGUUGAUCACGGGAGUCUCUCUGCUCAUUUGCGGAGCCGUCCUGCUGGAUGUGGCCCUGUCCUAUCACAUGCCCAAACCUGGGAAAGCACUGAAUGACAUGUAUAUAUCCGGCAUGGUGAUGCUGGUCGGCGGAAGUUUUACAGUAUUAGCGGUCGGGAUUUACACAGCAGUAGUUUUCCUCCUUGAGAGGUCAGGCCCGGGACAAAGACGCUGGGAGAGGACAGUGGGGAUCUUCAGCAUUUCAGGCCAGAUGCAGGCAAGAAGAGAGACUGCGUCAAGCCUGGCUCGUCUGAUAUAACUGUGACAUAAAAAACUAUGCCAUUCUUUUACUAAACAGGAACUGAGUGAAAAAACAACACCCUCAGUGAUACUUUGCACUCAUUAAACUAGUCACAAAUCCUAUGUGACAUUUACAAUUACAUUUUGGCUCAAGGAUCCAGGCAUUAAACAUUUAAGCACAAACAUUUAGCUUUUACACGCGUCACUCCAAUAAAGUACAGUUAAAAGUACUGAGAAAGCACAAAAGCAAUCUAAAGUUUGAUCCUUAAUUGAUUUUAGGUAAAACAUGCUGCUUUUUCUUCAACGCUAUUGGACUAUAUGUGUGUGUCCUUGAUUGCUUUAUUUAUGUGAGCAAUGGUGAGCAUACCAAGUGGUUGUCCGUCUUGGGACGUCUUCAGAUUUUGAGUAGCUCCGAUGUAUGAGCAAAUUGACUGUGUCAGGUGAAUUCGCACGCGUGUGAAUUUAUACUAAGGCGAUGCUAUGGAUCAAAUAAAGGAUCAGAAUGUCAAUCUGCAGGAUGUGAACACA